AUGCCCGACGACUUCUCCCCCUUCUACAUCGCCUCCUCCAAAGCCAGCCCCAAGGCCCGCACCGACUACAGCAAAAAGCCCUCCAGCCCCUCCUUCCCCUCCCCCUUUACAUCCACAUCAGAAUGCAAAGACUGGCUGUUACGCAACCAAUACAGCGUAAACUUCAUAAACCAGAACAUCAUGUUCGUCGCCGAUGCGCGUAGUGCAAAAGAUGAAACUCUCGCGGCUUACACGUAUUGCGAGAGGACUAUGCGCUUGGGACCGAAUGACGAAUGGGUGCUUCCGCCAAAGGCGCGGACGUGGAGGGGGAGUUGA